UCCGACCACGUUCACCUCACUAAUAUAUGAAAGGUUCCUCUGUUCGGUAAAUUCUUGACUUUGGUCUCCGUCUUCGUUUCUCCCGUUUCUCAAGAAAAUCCGAAUAUCUUUCCCAAUGAGAGAUUUUUGUGCGCGCGCGAGAGAGAUCGUUGUGUGAUCUUUUCCCUUGAUCAAACAGAAGCUUUAAUUUUCUGAAUUGAUUGUUUUUAUUCUUUUAGAAAGGGAGAAAAUUGAACAUAUUUGAAGAUAAUGGCGAGGAGUAGCAGAUCAUCGUCGAGCAGGUGUAGAUAUUUAAAUCCAGCGUAUUAUUUGAAAAGACCGAAGCGAUUAGCGUUGGUAUUUAUAGUUUUCGUCUUCGGCACCUUAGUUGUUUGGGAUCGCCAGACUCUAGUACGCGAGCACGAGGAAGAAAUAUCUAAGUUGAACGAAGAAGUUUCUCGGCUGCAAAAUAUGCUUGGAGAGUUUAAGGAUGAUAAAAGUGUUAUAGGGAAGGCGGACACUAGUAGCAAAACCAACAAUGCAAAUAGGAAAUCAAAUGUUUCUGAUGACCCUAUUGAAAUUCAGCGAAGAGAGAAAGUUAAAGAUGCUAUGAUUCAUGCAUGGAGUUCAUAUGAGAAAUAUGCUUGGGGUCACGACGAACUGCAGCCACAAACAAAGAAUGGUGUUGACAGCUUCGGUGGUCUUGGAGCAACUUUAAUUGAUUCUCUUGGCACGCUGUAUAUAAUGGGACUGGAUGAGCAGUUCCAAAGGGCCCGAGAGUGGGUUGCAAACUCAUUGGAUUUCAACAAGAACUAUGACGCCGGUGUUUUCGAGACAACCAUAAGAGUUGUAGGUGGGCUUAUCAGUUCAUAUGAUCUCUCUGGAGAUAAAAUAUUCCUUGAAAAGGCUAAAGACAUUGCCGAUAGACUGCUGCCUGCAUGGAAUACUCCUUCAGGCAUCCCAUAUAAUAUUAUUAACUUGGCUCAUGGGAAUCCACAUAAUCCUGGGUGGACAAGGGGUGAUAGUAUCUUGGCAGAUUCUGGCACAGAGCAGCUAGAAUUUAUUGCUCUUUCCCAGAGGACAGGCGACCCAAAAUAUCAGCAGAAGGUGGAGAAUGUCAUUCUAGAGCUCAAUAAAACAUUUCCUCCUGAUGGUUUGCUUCCUAUCUAUAUUAAUCCACACAGCGGGACCAGAUCAUACUCAACCAUAACUUUUGGAGCUAUGGGAGACAGCUUUUAUGAAUAUUUACUCAAGGUCUGGAUACAAGGAAAUAAAACAGCCAUGGUGAAGCAUUAUAGAGAAAUGUGGGAGAUUUCAAUGAAAGGUCUUCUAAGCUUGGUUCGGAGAACAACCCCCUCUAAUUUUGCAUAUCUUUGUGAGAAGAUUGGAAAUUCAUUGACAGACAAGAUGGAUGAACUUGCAUGUUUUGCUCCAGGGAUGUUAGCGUUAGGAUCUACUGGCUAUGGUCCCGAUGAGGCUAGGAAGUUCUUAUUAUUGGCGGAAGAGCUUGCUUGGACAUGUUAUAAUUUCUACCAAUCAACACCAACAAAAUUGGCUGGAGAGAACUACUUUUUCAAUUCGGGACAGGAUUUAAGUGUGGGAACAUCAUGGAACAUAUUGAGGCCUGAGACAGUUGAAUCACUCUUUUACCUCUGGCGUUUGACUGGUAAUAAAACUUAUCAGGAGUGGGGAUGGAACAUCUUUCAAGCAUUUGAAAAGAACUCCCGCAUAGAGACGGGAUAUGUUGGAUUAAAGGAUGUUAAUACUGGCGUCAAAGACAACAUGAUGCAAAGUUUUUUCCUCGCAGAGACACUUAAAUAUCUCUAUCUUCUUUUCUCACCUCCUUCAGUCAUUUCAUUGGAUGAGUGGGUUUUUAACACAGAAGCACACCCUAUAAAAAUAGUCACCCGGCACAACCAGUUAGAGAAGUCGGGAGUCUCAGGAGGACAACAAAAUUCAGAGACCCUAUCGAGAGCUAGGAAAGAAGGCCGCUUUAGUGGCAAUUAGGAAAUUUUGUUAUAUUCCAUCGAUUCCGUUUCUGAAUUCCAGUCUCCAUUGACAUGAAGAACUGAAGAUCUUGAAGACGAAGGCCUUGAGUCUUGCAAAUCAGGUAUAUGACUUAAGAAAAAGUUUACAUUUACAUCUUUUAUUAUUGGGAUAAUUUACCUUAUGAAUGUAUUAUUAAGCUCACCAUCUUCCAAAUAUCAUCUACUUGUAACAUAAAUUACUAGAUUUACCGAUUAAAAUAAUAGCUACUUGUAUUUUUAUUGGAAAUGUCUUUUCCCUUUUUCCUCCUUGGUGAGGAAUCUAGUUUUGGUAUGGGGGAGCCCCGAGAGUGAGGAAUUGCAAGGACCAUGUUGAAGGAGAUUCAAAUGUACUAUUUUCUUUUCCUUCUUAACUCAAGUCAUUGUUCGUGA